GUUCAGUGAGCGAUGAAAUAUUUAACUCAAACACGAUUAAUCUGAACAAUGGAGAUGUGAAAAACGUAACAGAAUUUAACCAGCAAAAAUAGUGCGUGUAAGAGAGAGAUUUACAGAAAAAACAUCAUCCAGAGGAUCUCUCUCUUUCACCCACCUUUCGCCGAUCAGAUCGGACCACUAUUCUUCUAUUUUCCUCAAAAAUUCAAAUUUUUGAUUCUUGACCGUUUGAUUCGUGGAACAAAAUUUCAUUCGCUUUCAUUUCUAGCAUAAUUUAUAUACACAUAUAGAUACAGAUCGAUACUUUACAUUUGAAUAUAUAUCUUGAAAUUGAUAUUUGUUGCUCUGAUUAUUUGCGGGGAAUUCUUUAUUAAGGGCUAAGAAUUUUGCUGUGAGGAGAGUUUCGAAUGGCAUCGGCGCAGGUGUUGAAAAAGCAAGAACAUUUGGAAGCUGGCAGAAAAAAGCUCGAGGAGUUUCGCAGAAAGAAAGCAGCAGAGAAGGCUAAGAAAAUUACAAGCGCGAGUCAACAUGAUGUUUCUAAUGGUGUCUUAAAUGAGAAGCAACCUUCGGAAACAGAAUUUUUCCGGCCUACAGAUUUUAGUGGAGCCGGUAUUUCUGAUGCAGCUGGUGCAGGUGGUUUGGGAUCGUUGGCAAUCGUUGCAAAGAAUGAGACCAAGGAAUCUGAUAUCGUCCAGAAAAGCGGGUUUAGUUCUUCUAAUGAUACACUUGCCAAUUCUUCUUUUUUGGCGAACAAUGAUGUCAACUUGCCCAUUCUAGCACAGUCUAAUUUACAUGGUACAGAGUUUAAGGGUGAUACUUCUCACCACUCUACUUAUUAUGAGGUAGACAAACAGUCAAAUACCAGUGAAGGUCAUAAGAAGGCUCUUUCACUUGGUAAUUCUGGUACAUCUGUUGUUUUAGAAACAGAUCUUUUUCCUGAAAAUUCAAUCAGUACUUUCCUGCAAGACAAGUUGGGUUAUGAUGACCGUGUGGCUAGCAACACGACAUCAUCAUCUUACCAAGAUGUUAGAAACUCUACCUUUGGAGUUGGGCAAAAGUUUCCCUUCAUGGGAGAAAACAAGUUUAGCGACCCUGUUGCUAUCGGGGGUAGCACAAACAAUGUAUCUACAUGGCCCAAAAGCAAUGGAUAUGCUGGUUUUAGUUCUGAUGCCCAGAUCUCAUCUAAUCAUGCACUACCAUCUCCACCUGCGACUGGGAGGAGAUCCCGUCCAUCUUUCCUUGAUUCCAUCAACAUCUCAAGAGGUCCUUCAGCAUCCCCUCCCCUCAUUGUAGAGGCAAAAACUGACUCAUUUAGUUCAAAGGUUUAUCCUGUGGGCUCUUUAGGAUCAUCUGUUCCUCAGGACACUGCUAAUUCUUUCGUUGCUUCUAGUAAUGGGGUUGACCUGUUCAAUCAUGUCAUGGAAAAUAGCAUGGAGAACAAACAUGAUCUAUAUUCACGGAAACAGAAUGAAGACUUCGCUGCUUUGGAACAGCACAUUGAAGAUUUAACACAAGAUAAAUUUUCCUUGCAACGAGCUCUGGAAGCUUCACGAACUUUAGCAGAGUCCUUGGCUGCUGAAAAUUCGACUCUGACGGAUAGCUAUAAUCAGCAGGGAAGCAUUGUCAACCAGCUAAAGUUUGACCUGGAAAAUUUACAGGCAGAAAUCAAAGCUCAACUGACGGAACUUGAAGCUGUGAAAAUCGAAUACACUAAUGCCCAGCUCGAAUGUAAUGCGGCUGAUGAACGCGCAAAGCUGUUGGCUUCUGAAGUUAUUGGUUUGGAAGAGAAGGUAAUUAAUAAUCUAAUUAUAUUUAGUAGAGCUGAGUUGCAACUUACACCCAGAAAGCAGACCUUGUAUGUUUCUUUUUUUUUUUUUUUUUUUUUAACUCAACUUUUCCUCUCCUUUGGGCUUCUUUCCUUUCCCAACAUCAUCACCUUGGGAAUGGGAUACAUUUCAAUUGCUACUAACAGGAGGAAAAUGUCUAGUCUUGAGAAAGAUCGCCAAGAUCUGCAGUCAACCAUUGAUGCUUUACAAGAAGAGAAGAAGCUCUUACAGUCCAAAUUAAGGAAAGUUUCUGCAAGUGGGAAAUCAGUGGAUUUUAAAAAGAGUCCAUCUAAUACAAAAGAUGUAUCAACUUCCACUGAGGAUCUGGCUGACGAGAGAGACGCUGAUACUACCUUAAAGGCCUUAAACUUGGACAAUUUUUGCUCGGCUUCACUUGGAGAUGAUGCUUCCAGUUCUCAAUUUCUGCAUGAAAAUGGAUCAUUUAACAUCGAAGAUCUAUCUUCAAGUAUUCCUUCUGACCAGUUGAGAAUGAUUCAGAACAUCAACACGCUAAUUGCUGAGUUGGCGUUGGAGAAAGAUCAGGUGACACAAGCUUUUUUGGCAGAGUCAUCUCAAAGCUCUAAGCUUAUGGAAUUGAACAAGGAAUUGACCCGAAAGCUUGAAGCUCAAACACAGAGAUUAGAGCUAUUGACAGCUCAAACUAUGGCAAAUGAUAAUAUCCCAGCAAGACAGAUAGAUCCUCGCAUUGUGCAGGACGAAACUCCAUUUGCGGAUGAAGGAGAUGAGGUGGUGGAGAGGGUAUUGGGAUGGAUCAUGAAGCUCUUUCCUGGAGGACCGUCAAGACGGAGAACCAGCAAGCUGCUUUGAUUUUACAGUCGAGGGUGUCCUGAACAAAGCUUCUAAGAAUAUUUUCCCUUGUACUUCCUACCCUGUUUUCUGGUGGCAAAAUGGAGGCUGCAGUCUGUAUAUUUGAGUGACCCUUAUUGUUCCAGAAGGAAAAAAAGGUUGUCUUCACAGGAGGCCUUAUCCCUCGAAUACGAUGUGAUCGAUAACUGUUGCAGAUUUUGCAAUAAAAAUAGUCCUGCAUCAAACAUUUUGAAGCCUGUUAAAUGUUGGGGACAUUGGUUAUCUAGGAGAGUUGAAAAUUUGGAGAAACUAGAGAUGCAAUGUGUUUGUGAUGGAUUAUAAUAGUAAUGGUGUGGAGAUGGGGUGGGGUGGGGGUUAGGGUUUUUAGCUUUAAGUUACAUUUUUUUUGUAUGUGAAAAAUAUGGGUGUAUUGACCCAAAGUAUGAAAAGAGUAAUAUUUGCUUUGAAAGGUUUAUUUGUUUCUGUAGUAUGUGUAAUUGUAAUUUCUCUAAAGCUACAUAAAUUGUAGGAUUUGUCUGCUAUCUUAAGAUUUAUGAUAAUUAUAGAUA